AUGCUCUUCUUCUUAGAACAGACAGAACUAAAGGCCCCUGCUGCUCCUGCCAACCCCUACUGCCCCCUGCUGUCCCUACCGCUCCCGCCGCUCCCUGCUGCCCCUGCCACCCCCUGCCCACUCCUGCCACCUCUUCCGCCCCUGCCGCCUUGCCACCCCCUGCUGCCCCUACCGCUCCAGCCGCUCCCUACUGCCCCUGCCGCCCCCUGCCCACCCCUGCCACCUCUUCCGCCCCUGCCGUCUUGCCGCUCCCUGUGCCCCCUGCCUGCCCCUGCCGCUCCUACUGCCCCUGCUGCCACCCCUGCUGUGAUAUCAGUGUCUCCAUGCUGUGAUAAGAGCCGGGGGAUGAGGACUGAGCCUGAAGUGCACCGGUCCAUUUGUCGGCGCUGA